UUUCCUUCCGAAAUGUUCAGUCUAUUAUCAACGCUGAGCGUAGAUGAAUGUGCAAUUGUCUCGGUCGUGGAUUAGGACAGCUGCCCUGCUCAGGACGUACAAUUCGCGGGUUGACGACGCUCUUCCUCAAGUUUCGUGCUCUUCUCGUGUGCCCUCGUGUGGUGGAUUUGAUGCGUUUUUUCCCUGCGGGUUGAGGAGACAUCGGAAGAGUUAAUCGAGUUUCCUAUUUCCCGAUGCUGUGUGCCAAUCAAACGGAUCAAUGCAAAUCCAUCUCAAUUAAGUUCAAUUAGUGUGCGGAAUGUCCCAUGAGUGACUGUAGGAAGGCAGCGAGAGUAGAAUCGCUUCAUCAUUCUACCAACUUGUAUGCCACCUGUGCGUGUUGCCGUGAGGGAAACUCAGAGUUUGGCGUCUAGCAGUGCUGUAGUGAGGCCUUGCCAGGGAAUCCCACCGAGCGGAUUUACGACGUCGAAUUUCCGCAGUGAAGCGGCAGACAAACCGUAAACAUUACCACCUCGCCAUCAGCUGCGAAGCGGGAGGCCAAAGUUCGUCCGGUCGUCGGGUCCAGUGGAUAGUUGGUUAGUCUGGUAGCGUGUGUGCAUAUCGCGGGAACAACCCGGAGGGGACGCUGCUGUUGGCUGGGAAGAUAUAUAAGUUCGUUUGUUUUAUUUGGAAGUCAUUAAUCACAGCAGGAAGCAACCGUGUUUUGCCGGGCUCGUUCUCCCAAAGGGAGGUGAUUUACGCGGAUGUUUUGUUACAGUUAAAAUACCCGUGGAAAAUACCGCAACGUAUGUACCUCUAGGUGUGUAGCCCUUUCUCGGUACAUCUCGACGCUAAGGUCGAGGAUAGAAGAGGGCCAUCAUCAAGUGCGAGUGCAACUGUGCUAUAUACGUAUUCUAUUCGCAGGCAGCACAAGUGAGAAACGUAGAAUUUUGCCAAGUAUAUGGUGCAUCAGACACAUCUAGUGAGUGGAGAGAAAAACGGAUGAAAAUUUAUAUGUGAUACCUGACGUGAUCCCGGUGCACUUAAUUUCCAAGGCAACUGCUCCAAAUAACCGUGUGAAUAAAGCGGGAAAAUCGUGACGUGUAUAAACAAAUGUGAAAAUCUCAGUUCCCGACGUGUUCUGAUCAAAACAAGAUUACAACCCCCCCUUUCCAGCUGGAAUCCAGUUUAUCGCAGUCGAUAAAAAUUCCCUCGUAAAAUCCCAAGCUGUGAAAGUAAUGAUUUAUUUUACACGCCUCUGAAAGAUUAAAUCAAUCUUCAUUAUGGUGGCGAAACACUCCAGCAAUCACCAGCUCGAUCAACAGUGAACGUAUAGUAGUUAACCACAGUCGAAUAACGUAAUACGGAAGACGGAAAACAAAACCGGCUAAGAGGCGAAAACGACGAGUUGUUCGAAUUCUUCCAAUCGUAACAGGCUUCGGGAAAACGGAAUAUGAAAUGUGGUAUUUGCUAGUGUUGCUGCAAAUUUGUUUUGUAAAAGAGACAGCCUUCGGAAUCAAGCUGACGGAGGUUCGAGUGCCUAAACACACCGUCAAGGAUCACCCGGUACGACUCGAGUGCCACUACGAGAUGGAGGGCGAUGCACUGUACGCGGUGAAGUGGUACAAGGACGGCAACGAGUUCUAUCGCUACGUGCCAAGAGAUAAUCCGCCCAUCCAAGUUUUCGACCUGAAAGGAAUAAAUGUAGACGUACAAAAUUCAUCCAACGAGCAAGUCGUCCUAGAUCCGGUCGAACUGGCUUCCAGUGGGAAGUAUCGAUGUGAGGUAUCAGCCGAAGCUCCAUCUUUUCAGACUGUGUCCGAACAUGCAGAGAUGACUGUCGUUGUGCUUCCGGACGAGGACCCCCACAUAACGGGAGGGAAGCCUCGCUACCAGAUUGGAGACUACGUGCGGGUUAACUGCACUUCCGGUCGAUCCAAGCCAGCAGUUCACUUGACCUGGUAUAUCAACAGUGAGGAAGCAGACGACGGGUUGGUACGAAGAUAUGAGCCCAUCGUUUCUGGCGCAGACCGACUCGAGACCUCCAUCCUCGGGUUGGAAUUCCGCGUCAAGCCAAAGCACUUCAAGCGAGGUGACAUGAAGCUAAAGUGUCUGGCCAAAAUUUCCUCCGUCUAUUGGAAGAGCAACGAGGAAAGCGUCGAAGGCGAUAAACCGCAGAAGGCUCCAAUGCUCGAAUCGCGGAAGGCCGUCGCUUCCAACACCCGGGCGGAUCGCGUUCAAGCUCACAACAGUGCAUCCAGCAUAGGAAUUAGAAACUCCAUGUGGGCGUCUUUCGUCGCCUUUUUCAUCAUCUUCACAUCUGCAUCGGCAUCGCUACUUACGCCCUUCUGCGGUGCCAAAUCAAACUCUCUCCAGAGGCAACGCCUUUUCAGCAAUCAGCUGGCCCUAAGGUAACUAGCGACUGAGGAACGAAAAGGAUUUUUAGUCAGCACGUACACACACAAACUCACACCCACACACAUACACCCAAAUCUAACUUACUGAACUGUGUAAUUCAAUUAAGACGAAAACAAAAAUUUUAACUUAAAAAAGAAACUAUUUAAUGAGGUUAGGACAGGCAUCGGAGUCGGAACGAAAUUUAAAGGACGACGGGCGACGAAGCUCCAUAGAUGAGGUUGGGUUUUUAGUGCACGCGUGGAAACAAAUAGGAUGACUGGGCAAUGUAUUUGAAUGAAAACGAGAGAGAGAGAGCGAAGUUCCUCAACGGACUGUUGUUUUAGGUAAUUAAGUUAUUGAAUAAAAUUGUAAUUUUACAUAAACGUGGAAACAACGAUGGAAAAUGUUCAAUAGGAGAGUUUCAAAUGAGAUGCAUGGUUGAAGGUGUAGUUGCUAUGAGAAGAGAGACAAUUUCUCAACCAAAAGUAAAACAAAUUAAUUUUCAAUCUAAACAGUCUCCAGCUCGUGGAAUAUGAUGAAAAAGUAAAAUGAACGUACCGAAGCAAAUGACUUCAUCGUGGUAAAUGUCUUCAUUUCGUUACGCUAGUCUAACAACAUAGUCUAUUGGAAGAAAGCAAAGUGCGAAAGAUAGCUAUACGUUUUCCGUUGAUUUAGUCAAAUAGCAUCAUCAUUUCACCGUACUCUGUAAAUAAAGCCGAUUUGCACCAUACUCCGACAUGGAACCACAUCAUCCCCCUCUAACGAACUUCCAUUCUAGCCUUGUUCGUCAUGCAUCGUCAGGGUGUUGGGUAACAUUUUUAUUUGGAAGCCCCCGAACCGGCACAGGAAAUAGCGAGAAUCGUGCACGAAAUCAGGAAAUAGAUUUUCCUUCUCCCGUUCCAAUCCUUCCUCAGGGAAGGGACUCCUUUCCAGUCAAAUCAUGCUGUCCUCUCUGUACCGCAACUCAUUGCGUGUUUGUUUCAAACACCUCCUAAAAUCCACCCUCACCCACUGUAAAUGCCUGCUUGGAAAUCUAAAUAUCAGACAAGGCGACAUAGUCGUAGUCAGUGUCAUGAUCGAGGGGUGUUGCCUUUUGUCGUUUCAUAUUCAUAAAAUAAUUGCAUCAAACGAAACUUUAAUGGUGGUAAGCUCCAUCGAAG